UAUUGGUGAGGGAGUUUCUGUGUGAGCUUUCUUAAAGAAGCACUUCCUUUUUACUCGUAAUUCUGCGUGGGAAUGUAUACCAAGCAGUUUCCUCUAAGACACCAGAAGGUUUACAUAGUUCUUCUGCUUCUAUGAGAAGAGAAGAAAUGCUGCUACAACAUCUUCUUAUGGCUGUAAUUUUUUCAUUUACCUGUAUUGUGGAAAGUUAGUUUUCUGUUUUCUGAGAUGCGUAACUCAGUAAAGGAUGUUCUUGAAGAUGACUCAAAUAGAAGUGAUGUUGCUGCCCAUGAAAAGGUUCCUUCUGGAAUCUUGUUUCAGACUAUGAACUACGUGGGGCAGCUUGCAGGACAAGUCCUGGUUACUGUGAAGGAGCUGUACAAAGGCAUUAAUCAGGCAACCCUUUCGGGAUGCAUCGAUGUCAUUGUGGUCCGGCAGCAGGAUGGGACAUACCAGUGCUCUCCUUUCCAUGUCCGAUUUGGGAAGCUUGGUGUGUUGCGCUCUAAAGAAAAAGUGAUUGAUAUAGAAAUUAAUGGCGAUGCUGUUGAUCUUCACAUGAAAUUGGGUGACAAUGGAGAAGCUUUCUUUGUGCAAGAAACCGAGGAGGAGAAUGAAAAAGUUCCUGCUUAUUUGGCAACAUCUCCAAUACCCACUGAAGAUCAGUUUUUUAAAGACACUGACAAUCAUUUGAAAUCAGGUGAAAAUGAGAGGACAUGUGCAAACUCAGAAAUUCCACAUUCUGGAGAAACAGAGACUGUAUUCACCCCAGGGUCUGUGAAAAAGAAAAAAAGAAGAAGGAAGAAAUACAAACAAGAUAGCAGGAAAGAAGAUCAGAUCUCUUCUGCUGGCACUGAAGACAUUUUUGAAAUGGAAAUAAGCUCAGAUGAUGAGAAAAGUGUACAGCCCCUAAGAGGAUCCUCAAAUUCAUCACCAAAGGGUGAAGAACAAAAAGAAUCUUUGAUUUAUCAUUCGAAGGACCAUUACCCUUUAUCUGAUGGAGACUGGUCCCCUCUGGAGAACCCUUUUUCUGAGCAAGUCUGCCCUAAAAGUGAUUCAGAACUAGAAGUUAAGCCUGCUGAGAGCUUGCUGAGAUCUGAAUCUCACAUGGAAUGGACAUGGGGAGGAUUCCCAGAGUCAACUAAGAUAAGUAAGAAAGAAAAACUGGAACAUUGCAGAACAGCUACCAUUACUCCAUCAGAGAAGACUCAUUUUAGGGUCAUCCUCAGCUCUGAUGAAGUUGAAGAUGAUGAUGAUGUGAAAGAUUCUGUCUGUACAGUAUUGAAACCUGAGCCAAGAACUCAUCCUCUCCUUAAGCAGAUGGAUGCUAAAGACUCUGUUGCUUCUGCAGUUGUAGAACCUCCAGUUCCAUUGCCAUUGGAUGGUGAACAUCAUUCCAGAAUAUUGAUGGAUCCUUUACCAGAAACAAAACCAACAGCAAAAACUGACUCUCCUUCAAAAAAGAAAGGGGUGCACAAGCGAAGUCAUCAUCAAGGCCCUGAUGAUAUUUACUUGGAUGACCUGAAGGCUUUGGAACCUGAAGUAGCAGCACUCUACUUUCCCAAAAGUGAUUCUGAUCCUGGCUUCAGGCAGUGGACAGAGUCAGAUACCCUUUCUGGUUCCCAGUCACCCCAGUCAGUGGGAAGUGCUGCUGCUGAUAGUGGUACAGAGUGCAUGUCUGAUUCUGCUAUGGACUUGCCUGAUGUUACACUUUCACUUUGUGGAGGUCUCAAUGAAAAUGGAGAGAUUUCUAAAGAAAAAUUCAUGGAACAUAUUAUUACUUAUCAUGAAUUUGCUGAAAACCCUGGACUCAUAGACAAUCCUAAUUUAGUAAUACGGAUUUAUAACAGGUAUUAUAACUGGGCAUUGGCUGCUCCUAUGAUUCUGAGUUUGCAGGUGUUUCAGAAGAGUUUGCCUAAGGCUACUGUUGAGUCUUGGGUCAAAGAAAAGAUGCCAAAGAAGUCUGGAAGGUGGUGGUUCUGGCGCAAGAAAGAAAGCAUGACUAAGCAGAUACCAGAGGCAAAAGAGGGGAAAACUGAGACGCAAAGAGCAAAUGAACUGCCAGCAACUAUAAAAGAGCAAGUUAAUAGUAGGCCUCCAGAGGAUGAUUCUUCUAGUGAUGAAGCAUCCCAGGAGGUGAAGGAAUCCCUGAAAAUGGAUUCUGCCCCAGCAGAGCAUCCACCCCAUGGGAAUGUUACGUCUUAUAAGAAGUCACUUAGAUUGUCUUCGGACCAAAUAGCAAAGUUGAAGCUCAGAGAUGGCCCUAAUGAUGUUGUGUUUAGUAUUACAACCCAGUAUCAAGGGACUUGCCGUUGUGCAGGAACAAUAUACCUCUGGAACUGGAAUGAUAAAAUCAUAAUAUCAGACAUUGAUGGAACAAUAACUAAGUCUGAUGCUUUGGGACAUAUCCUCCCUCAGUUUGGCAAGGACUGGACUCAUCAGGGCAUUGCAAAACUCUAUCAUUCCAUAAACGAAAAUGGCUACAAGUUCCUUUACUGUUCUGCCCGUGCCAUUGGGAUGGCAGAUAUCACCCGAGGAUACCUGCACUGGGUGAAUGACAAAGGAACAAUUCUCCCCAGGGGCCCUCUCAUGUUGUCCCCCAGCAGUUUGUUUUCUGCCUUUCACAGGGAAGUCAUAGAAAAGAAGCCUGAGAAGUUCAAAAUCGAAUGUUUGAAUGAUAUCAAGAAUUUGUUUGCUCCCAGUAAACAGCCUUUCUAUGCUGCUUUUGGAAACAGACCCAAUGAUGUAUAUGCCUACAUGCAAGUGGGAGUUCCAGACUGCAGGAUAUUUACUGUAAAUCCAAAGGGUGAACUGAUCCAAGAACAGACUAAGGGAAACAAAUCUUCGUAUUACAGACUAAGUGAGCUUGUGGAAUAUGUGUUCCCAUUGAUUAAUAAAGAACAGAAUUCUGCAUUUCCUUGCCCAGAAUUCAGUUCUUUUUGCUACUGGAGAGAGCCUCUUCCUGACCUUAACAUGGAUGACCUGGCCUGAAAAGUACUUCUCACCAGGAGAUGGCAUAUCAUAUUGAGCUAAAUUCUUCAGUUUAAAUGUGAAGAACUUUCUUAGUGAGGAUGCUAAUUUAUAUAUUGGUACCGUAAGUCUUACUAAAGAAAUCACUUUAAUUUCAUUGGUUCAAAAAAAAGAAAAUGCAAAGCUGCUGUCUGGUUUUUUUUGUGGGAAGGUGUGUGGAUUUGUGUUUGUUUGUUAUUUGUUUGUUAUUAUAUACCUGUUCUAAGGCACUUGAGAUUGGCCUGUCAUUGAUGGUCAUGGUACCCAAGUGCUUCAGGGCAACUAAAUGCUGAGGUAAAAUAUGACUUUGCAUUUUCAUCAAUACAGACCUUAUUGUAAACAUAGAUUAUUCUUUUUAAGUUGUCUUAAGGAUAUUUUCUAAAAUGAAGCCAAAAAGUGUAUGGAAACUGCCAAAUAGAAUGUCAGACCUAUCAAUGAAGAACGUGGUUUAAUGUUCAGAUGGGCAUUUAGGCCAUUUUUGAAAGGAGCCAGAGCGUAAGACCACUGUGUUCUUUCUCAGCUAGAAUACAGAAAAUGUACAGACCUUACUAGCCUGACAGAUUCUGAGGACAUAAAAUUACUCUUUAAAUGUAUAUAUGCCUUUUGUUACGUAUACAAGACUGGGCUUGUACAAAUCAUGCUCAAACUAACUCUGCUUACUACUUUUUUUUUUUUUUACACACAAUGUUUAAACGAUUUCAUGAGCUUGUUAAAAUGAAAGUUGUCUUCAGACACUUGUAUGGCUUUUGUUGUUUUCAGGCUGUGCUGUGUCAUGGUAAAUUUUCAUCAAGAAAAGUCUUGGAACAUUUCUGUAAGAGUUGAGGAACUGGCAUUUUUAUUUCCUUUUUCAGCACAGAGAUAAUGUGUAUGUGUGUGUAUGCUGUGUAGGCCAGUAAAAUGUAUGUAUAGAUUAUAUUCAGGGAAUUGUAAUACUAAAAUUAUGUAUUUAAUUUUUUAAUUGUCUACUGCAGGUCUUUCUGGAGUUCUGUAUUGCAGGUUUUCAGUAGCUGGAAGAAAAUGCAACUCAGUAGUGAGGUUCCAGCUGUGAGAAUGGUUAAAUGCUGCAGAGCAGGCAGAAUAAAACCUUAUUUUCUUUUUUUUUUUUUUUUUAAAGUUUUGGGUUAUUCACAAGCAUCAUGCUGGUCAUUCCUCAGGUUCCAGUUAGAGCCUGAACAAAUUACAUUGCAGUUCUGGUGUUUAUCAGCUAUAAAAGCAGCUAAUUGUUCUUUCUCCAAAAGUACUUGAAGGCAAAGAUGGCUGCUUUUUAAAUUGAAUUAGUGCAUUUAACUUAUUUUGGACAAAACUAUGGUGAGACUGUAUCAUUACCAGCCCAAAGGGCUUAAGGACUACAGUCAUUUAAACAUCAUUUAAACACCAGAUCACUCGGUUUUCCUACCUGCAGAAGCAUACAUUUAGAGGUUUUGACACCCCUCCAGGAGUAUUUUUUUCUCCAUUGUCAGGCUGUCUUUACCCACAGUUUUGAUGUAAAACCAGCUAACUCUGGACAAUUGGUGAACUGCUCAAGGGGGAGUAUUUUUAAAUCACUAUACAAAAGGAAUUACUUUUUUUUCCCCAUUAUAAAAUUCUAGUGUAUUCCUGUAUUUAUAAAACACUGGAUGAAGAGUGGAGGCAAGCAAAAUCAACCUGGAAUUUCUUUCAGAGCAGGAGAAGGAGAGUGGGAUAUAAGAAAGAUACUUACCUGUCACGGUGUGUCAUGCAUGUCAGUGAAUUGAAAGGCAUCCUCAUUUUUAGUACUGUGAGAAUAAUAAUUUCUGUCAUUCUUGGUCACCAGUCUCUACUCGGUGUUUAAGUGGAUUUCUCAAGAUUCAACUCAGAAGAUAUUUUACUGCUUUUUUUCUUGCAUAUUUUUUUAAAUGUUGAAAGCUUGCAAACAUGAUUCCAUGUAUUUUUUUCCUUUUCUUACCUCUUAUCCCAUAGAUUUCAUUAGAAACUAAAACUUUCAUGAUCACUAAGUGCUUUGAAUAUCAAUGUGAUUUGAGCUUUUAAGUCACAUAAAUACUUUAAAAUGAAUAAGAAUCCAACAUAAUAAAAUAUUUUAAUUACAAGAUUAAAUAUUCUAUCUAAAGAUUCUAUUUUGCAUAAAGGGAGUGAAGCAGCCUUUCCUAAAACAGUCUUUUUGUGGAUGUCAAAAUUUGCUUUACCAUGCUUAAGUCUACUCUCAAUAGUCCUAGUAUUACACAGCUUUUCUAAAAAUAAAAGCACUUCAUGAAACCAUGAGUUCCCAAAUGGGACAGGUUGUUACCAUGGUUUGGCUCUUUUUUGGUUAAUACUCUUUUUUCACUUGUUUGGUUUUUUUUUUUCUUCAAUUCCCUCCAACUUUUCAGACUGUCAUAAAGAUAAGCUGUGGAUUUCAAGGUGGGGACUUGAGUAAAUGGAAGUGUGGAAAAAUAGUAUCAGGUAUAUCUCCAAAUGCAUGUACUUUCAGCUGGUAUGAAAAUGGGGGUUGUGUGAGUUGUGUUGGGAGCUCCUCAUUCUGCUAACAUGUCACUUUGCAUUGUAGGAGUGUCCAAAAGGUUGCUUAAUUUAAAAAAUUGGUAUUUUUUUUUCCUCUGCGAUAGCUACAGUUUGAUAUUUGUUUUUUGAUAAAAUGUUAAUGUUGUUGAGCCUUUCUGAUAUGAGUGGGGCAGGGGUUUGGUUUUUCUAACUCUGGCUUGUAUUUGAAGCUUUUCAGAUUGUUUCUUAACCCUGUUUAGGGACAGACUAGGGGGCCUGUCGUUGCAUACCUGUGUUCUUGGGGCUGCUGGGCACUUUACUGACUCUAGAGCAGACAUCUCGUGGCUAUCAAACUGUGGGCUUGUGCUGCAAUAUUAAUGUGGAGGGGGGUAAAUGAGAAUUAUGCAUUAGCCUGUCCUUUGUUACCUUAGUGGAGAGAAGUGGCCUGAAACUAAUGUUUGGGAACAAGUUGUGCUGUACUGAUGUAAAAUUAGUGCAAGCUACAUCAUUCUUUCUGUGAAAGAGGAACUUUAAGUGUGCCUGGCUGUGGGCACACGCACACCCUUGUUAAGACUGUGUUGUUGAAGAUGCAGAUCCUCUUAGCAUUGGAACCCCUCAAAGGCUGAGUCAAUGACACCUGUCUGGGAGUAAAUAAGGAGCAUUGCAAUUCAAAACUUGUUAGUGACUUGGACAUCACCCGUUUCUAUAAUGAUUUAAAGAUCAUCAGUUUAAAGGGUGUGCAUUUCUGGAUUUAACUUUUUUUUUAUUUACUGUACCAAGCAUGCUUGUACUUCAAAAGAUUGGGCUUUCAUUCCCAACAGUAUACAAGUGCAUGUGCAAUCCUGGCUCAUGUCUUCUUAACUUUGUCAUCGGUAUACGCCUUCCAAAACCCUUUUUUUUUCUUUUCAACUGGAAAAUUUUAACACUUGUGUCAACUCCAUUAUGGAACUUCUGAAACAAACUCUGUAUCCGUUUAUGGUAAAUGCAAAAGAGAUGAGAUUUCAUGUUAAUAUUUCAUGCAAGUCUUCUAGAAAAUGCUGUCAUAUGAAUGAGUUGUUUAAAUGACUGUAAUGCAAAUUCCUAAUGAAACAUCACAGAUAGAGAAUUUGAGAUGCCUUUAAAGUGUCACUUUUGCCUGAAGAAAUUGUAGUUUCCAGAGUUAAAAUUUUCUAAAUAAAAAGGAAUUGUUUGGAACUUUUUUACAGUGUUAAUUACUUCCAGAUGAAAGUUAAAAUGUUGGUUUAAUUUGAGGGUGGGAAAACUCUCUUCAGUCAUUUGUUUCAUUUUUAUCUUGAAGAUGUGGAAUAUUUGAUUGGUUAAGCAACACAAUCACUAAUAAGGUAGUGUGUUUAAAAUGUCAAAUCUGUGAUCAUACCAAUACCGUGGUUCUGUUAAGACUGUCUUGGGUACAGCAACCCACACUUCAGUGCAAUGUUUAUUGGUGUUCGGAACAAUGUUAUCACAAUAAAAACAGACUUAAAGUGAAAUUUCUCUUAAUUUGUGUUUGGUAAUUCCUUUAUUGUGCUGCUGAGUGACUAAACAUGAGGCUAUUAAAAUUAUGUUUAACAUGGAAUUCAAGUUGGUCUUUUCAGGACUACAUUACAUUUGCUUUCUGUCACGCUUGAUUUACUAUUUUUUUUUCAGAGUAUUUAUACAGCUGAUAAAAAAUUGCUGUCAUCAAGCUUAAUUUCUGUGCCAGUACCAAUACUGGGUUACAGCUAUAAUGAAAAGCAAACAUGCACUUGGUAUUAUAAAAUAUCAGGUAACAGAGGCACGACUUGGAAAUGUACAAGCUGCCUUGAGGAAAAUGUUGUAACUGCAGUUUGAGCUCUUGUAAAUCUGCCCUAAUUUGGAGUUUUAUCCUAUUUCCAUCAAAGUUAACUUCCCUUUCAAGGCAAAGAGUAUUGUCUUCCAGAGAGGUUAUUACGUAGUUUGAAGCAAAUAUUGUGAGGCCAGCUUGGAAAAGGGGCCUCAAGCUUUCAGGAGAAAUUGAUUUUCCUGGUCUCCUGCUGCUCUUGGUAAAUGCAACCACCUAGCAGCCUACAUAGAAAACCUGAUUGUUCAAUCAGAUGAUGAUGGAUCUGCAGGAAAAGGUCAGUGAUGCUGUGCCUUUCUGUGGUGUCACUGGUUUUACUGCUGGUGUUUUACCACCUCCUGUGCUCCUGCCAGGUUUCCCCCGUGACUCUGCUGACACACUGCCCUCAUUCCUCACACCACAGUCUGUUCACUGCCCAUCUUUCACACCUGGGUCCCACUGCAUCCUUGGUGCUGCAGUGAGUGAUUCUGCCAGUGCAAGCAGCAGAAGGGUGGUGUGUCCUAUGUAUGCCACACGUUGGGAUCUUUUGCAAAACUUUUCUGAGCUGGCAUUCUCAUGUGUUGUCCUACUCUAAUGCACUCCUACUAGGGUGGUCUUGUUCUUGGUGGAUGGAUUUUUCUGCCUUGGAGCAACUGGCUUGAAUGUGUAAAGAAAAAAAUCACUGUUUCAAGGAACAGAUUCUCCAUGCAGGACAUUGUGCCUGGAGUUGUGUCAUGCAGUUGGUGCCCUGAGGACCUGCAGCCCUGCACCGUUGCGGUGGGAAGUAUUUGUAUGCUGCCACUUGAGAGCUGAGCUCUCCUACCAGUGGUGAGCUCAGCAGGGAGUUAGCUCAGCAGGGUUUUCUGAGCAGGUGUCCCAGGUGCUGCGUGCACUCAGAGCUUCAGAGGUUUCACUGCUGGGCACAGCAAGGGUUUGUCAGGGUCUUCUGCUGGUAGGGGUGGCCACUCCUGUGCAAUGUGUUUCUUAAGCAGUCCCUUGCUGCUUUUCCUCCUUUCUCUUGCCUUAAAUCAAUCACUUAAUUUACAGGCACACAGAGAUAAAGAUCACAGGCUGAGAUAAGAACAAUUUACUAGAAACAGCAAUGAAACAAGAAACAGUAACAACAGCGAUAGGAAUGGCAGAGUACAAUUCACAUCCAAUUGCUCACCACUGCUGCAGAACUUAACCCUGUCCCAGCCAGAACCAGGUCAGUGGUUGCAAAGGUCAGUGAUUGGUAAAAAUGAACAAACAAAAAUUCAGACAACUACCAACCCCCAAAAAUCCCCAAACCACAGUGUUUAUGCGAUCUCUUGUGUGUAAGGCAGCCAAGUGCACUCCCCACAUGGCAUCAGACAUUUCCUUUUUCCUGAAAGCCUCUGUGGAUUCCCCAUGCUCUUGAACUUCAAGUUGCUUUGAUACACCACGAAGAAGAGUGUCCUGCCAGGGCCAUGGGAAUGGCUGGCUGCCCACUCUCUCAGUCACUGGGAAAUAUUCCUCAUGGCAGCAGGAUGGGAAUGCAGCCCUGGAGUGCUCUGUGCAGCUGCUCAGCACUCCCGGGCAUGGACAGCCCUUGCUCCAGCUGCUUGUGGAGCAGACACAGGCUCGCUGCAGCAUGGCAGGCUCAGCCCAUGGUGGGCUCUGCCCCUGCCAUGCUGGAGGGGUGGAGGGGCCAUCUCAGGAUCUCCAAGCCUGUCAGUGUUUAAAAGGCAUUUGGACAAUGCCCUUGACAACAUGCUUCAGCUUUUGUCCAGCCCUGAAUUUUUCAGGCACUUGGAGUAGGUGAUUGCUUUAUGUUCCUUGCAACUGAAAUAUUGUCUUUGCCAGGAAUCACAGCAGUGACUGAGCAACUAAGAUGGACAAGAGCUGUGUUGGCAGAGCUUCUAUGUACUACAAAGCCUAUGUAACAGUGCUUGACACUGAAUAAUCAUUUCAAAUAUACAUGCAAGCUUGACUGAGAAGCCAGAAACUGCAGUUCUAAAGGCGGUGGAGAAGAGAGCAAAAUUUUUGGCUUACAGUGCUGCUGUAUUUCCUGGAAAGCAAAAGAGCAUCAAGGCAUUACACAAGAGGUAGGCUUUAUUUGGACAUAUGUGCAGUUGUUUUCAGUCAAACAGUUUCUUCAUGUUCCUGCCUAUUUCUCUCCCCCUUUCAGAUUAUUUUUAUAUAUGCAUGAAUAUAUGUAUAGACAUGCACACCUAAAGCAUACUUUGAAAUGCACUGUUCUUUUUGCUGAAAAAUGUUAGUAAUGUUCCUUUUUUCCACAAUCAAGACAGCAAAAUAAAUGCCAAAACCUGCUUAUGCAGUAACAUGUUACAAGGUCUUGUUUGAAGUCUCCCAUAUACAAAAAAUUGGCAGAGCUGCUGUUCUGCAUCCCAGGUCUGUAGGGUACAUUGCAACAAGGUUGUGUUGGCUGGAGCACAAGUCUGUCUUGUGAUGACAGGAGAUUGCCCCCAGGUAUUCCUGGUAGCUGGAUGAUUUGAACACUAUGCCAUUAUCCAGAAGCAACCAGCAGCCAACCUGUACCUGCUGAGCUAGUCUCAGUGGAGUGCAUAUUCCUCCCAUCUCCAAGCUGAGCCCAUAAAUGCAUUUCUAUUUUUAGUGAAAAAGAGGCCCAUAAGCACUACUGGGCUGUAAUACAAGGACUAAGCUAAUCAGCAAACAAUCACUUCCAAAUGCAUGCUAUAUUCUCAGGAAAGAGUUCAAUCCUGAUUUGAAUCUCCUGAUUGCACUUGGGGAGCCCUUCACCUUGCAUUCCCAGCACAUUUGAAAGCUGCAUGGGGUGGUGAUGGGCAUGUUGUUUCAAGUUGCUUUCUUAUGCUACCUACAGCUUGCUUCAAUAUUUGUAAUUUUUCUUUUCGGGCCAGUUGGCUCCAUCAGACAAACUAGAGUCUCAGUGACACUGCACAAAGCUGCUGCAACUAACCUGGUGUACACUGAAAGGAAAUGUGAUAGAAUACCAGAGAAAGUCCUAAUUGCUUUGAGUGCUCUCUAAGUGGACAGUAGAAUAAUGUCUUCGCUGUCUCCAGAGGUUUAAUAGCAAAAUAAAAUAAUGAGGAAUAAUUUUUUUACACUUUGCAGUGAAAAUUGGCAUUCCUGCUUUGCUGCAGUCCUUCCUGGGGAUGACUGAUUUAUGUCACAUUGGGGUUUUAGGAUAUGCUUGCUACGUUUGCCCAGAGCCAAAUCUCUCUGGUUGUCAGCAUGCUGGCUUGGCUUCAGAUGUUCUGCUAAAGCCCUGCCUCUGGGAACUCACCUGUCUCACAAGCGAUGCUGCCCUGGGGACUCAUCUGCCUUGGAUAUUUGCAGUCCCUGAGGAACCACGGGGCCUCGUGCCUGGCUGAGGGACUGUCAGACACACAUCUGCCUGUACAGCUUCACCUGGCAGGGUUUGGGUUUCUUCCUGUUUUGAUGUCAAGUUAGAGCACUUGGCCCAACAGAUACUGUAUUGUCUAAGAGUCUUGCAAUUCUCUACCUACAAAGCAGGUCUAAAAGGUAGCACUGUGAGCUAUGAAACAGGCACUUGUCCUGUCUUAGAGCUCCCACCUACUGGCCUUUUUUUUUUUUAAGGCUUUCUCAGCUAACAGAUGCUUCCUGCUUGAGCUUGUGGAUUCUCCUGGAUGUGGCAGUCAAAUCAUAAACCCACAGUGAGAAAUGCUCCUCUCAGUGCAGGCCUUUCCAUGUGCUGCUGAUAAUUCUCACCGAAGAUGUAAAUAAGAUGCAAAUGCUCUGUCAGCAGGCUCAAGGUAUUCUGGAGCAGGGCUCUUGCUCCUUCCUUUGAAGCUGGGCUGCUCUGUGUGGAGCCAGCCCUUGUCAGGUCUAUGAAUGUAUUUGUGCCUGAGUCUCUUCCAGUUGUUGCAUUAUUAAUAUUUAAUCCAAGCACUGACUGGAGCAGAGACAAACUCAGGUUCCAUUCCUCCCUUUCCGUAUUGAUGGGCUACAUCCCUGUGGUCUUCUCAGGUGGGUGAAUAUUCUGCCUUGUAAGCUCCAGGAAAAUAACCUCAUUAGGAGGAACUGUGCCACCCACCCUGAUUACAGCAAUUACCAAGGAAGUGCAAAUUAAGGGUGAAGUCUCCUUCAACAAAGGCGGGAAUCUUAGACAGAGGUUCCUUGUAAAAGGUCACAGCUAGAGAUGAAUGGGAAGCUGUCCUGGAAGGUCUAAAGGUGUCCUCAAAAUAAGGUGCUGGGAUUGAGCCCUGCUGUGACACAGUUUAGGGAAUGCUCUACAGCAGUGUACAAAUACCAGCUAUGCUGCACUAUGAGGGCUUAAACCAUCCCAGCACAGGCAGCAGCAGAUCCUGGGUCCAAAGGGAAACUUUCUGGUGGAAGAUGGCACUGCCCCAUUAGCAAAACUGGGCUUGUGAAGAUUUGUGGGUUGGAUUUAGGAAUCUCCUGGAGCAGUUA